AUGGGACCCAAGAAAGGACCAAAAGCUACUGUGCCUGUACAGAUCGCUCCGGAGAAAAGGGGCUAUGAAUUCGGUGGACCACUAGGAGCUACAGGAAUUGUUUUCGGUCUACCUAUCCUCGUCUACUGCUUCGCCUUCUUCUGCAAUGACGUCUCCGGCUGUCCCGCGCCGUCUCUCCUUCACCCGUCAACGUUGACCUGGGAUAAAUUGAAAAGUGAAAUUGGUUGGCCUGAGAAUGGAAUCAUUGGUCUUUAUGAUACAGAGGUGACGCUGUGGGUUUUGUCAUAUUAUGCCCUUCUCCUCUUUCUGCAGAUCUUCCUCCCCGGCGAGGAGGUGGAAGGAGUCGAAUUAGCAUGCGGUGGACGACACAAGUACAAAUUCAACAGUGGCCUAGCCGCGGGAACCUUUGUUUACGGAGCUGAAUUCGCUGUUUGGACUUUCCUCUGGGACAAUUACGUGCAGGUGCUUACCGCAAAUCUUCUCAUUACCAUCGUCAUCUCAGUCUGGGUAUAUGCUCGAAGCUUCUCCAUCCCGGAGCCUGGACGACCAAACCCCGACCUCCGCGAAUUGGCACCUGGUGGCUGGACCGGCAAUGUCAUUUAUGACUUCUUCAUUGGCCGGGAACUCAACUCUCGUGUGACUUUGCCUGUACCAUUUGUCAGUGAAACAGCCCGAACGAUUGACAUCGGUGUCUUUUGCGAGAUGAGACCAGGUCUUAUUGGCUAUAUCAUCCUCAACCUAUCGAAUGUCGCGCGCCAGUACCGCACCCACGGCUACGUUACUGAUUCGAUCAUUUUGAUUACUAUUGCGCAAUCUUUCUAUGUCUUGGAUAGUUCUUACAUGGAACCUGCCAUUCUUACCACCAUGGAUAUCAUCAUGGAUGGCUUUGGUUUUAUGCUCUGCUUCGGUGACCUCGUAUGGGUCCCAUUCUUGUAUUCGACUCAGACAAGAUACCUCGCAAUCUUCCCGGUUAAAAUGGGUCUUCAGGGCAUUGCACUCUCUCUUGCCGUUGUUGGCUUGGGGUAUUACAUAUUCCGCAGCGCGAAUAACGAGAAAAACCGCUUCCGAACAGACCCCAACGAUCCGCGCAUCAAACACCUCAAAUACAUGGAGACAAAAUCUGGAUCCAAAUUACUCAUCUCUGGCUGGUGGGGAACUGCGCGUCAUAUCAACUACCUCGGUGACUGGCUCAUGUCUUGGGCUUAUUGUCUUCCUACUGGGUUCGCUGGCUAUACCAUUAUCGAAGCUAUCAACUCAACUACGGGAGAGCUAGAGAAGCAUGCCGUGCAGACACCUGAAUCUCGAGGUUGGGGUUCCAUCUUUACGUACUUUUACAUCCUCUACUUUGGUAUUCUGCUCAUUCACCGCGAAGGACGAGAUGAGGAGAAGUGCCAUCGUAAGUACGGAAAGGAUUGGGAAAAGUAUACUUCAUUGGUGCGCAGUAAGAUUAUCCCGGGUAUCUACUAG